UGCACGUUGGAGCAUGAGAAAACAGAUUGCUUGGUCUGAAAUACCAGUUUCCCACCAUUUAACACUUUUUCCCCAAAUUAUCAGUUGUUAAGUAACUUAACAAAUAAUCGAAGAAUACUCUGCAAAAGCCAGGAACAAUGCCACUGAUAGAGGAAAUACAUGAGGAGUCUCCAACUCCGAAUGUCACUGUCAGCACUGGGACUAGUGAGAGUACUGUCACCAUCCAGACUGAUGGAGGAGAUGUCAUAACACGGGAGGGCAAAGGAGACGUUAAUGGAAACCAGCCACUCGAUAAUGAAAAAGACAAGAUUGAAGUUGACAAAGAGGCAGCGAAGGAAAACCAACAACCAGAUAAUGACCAAAAUGGUGAAACCAAAAAGGGGAAAAAAGAUAAUUGGCCCAGACUAACCAAGGCAUUCUUGAAGCAACAUUGUAAGGAUAUGAAACUCUACAUCACACCUGCCCUCAAUGAUGUGCUGUAUCUUCAUUAUAAAGGAAUCUAUUUCAUUGAGAACCUUGAGGAAUACACUGGUCUCAAGUGCCUCUGGUUGGAAUGCAAUGGCAUCAAGACGAUUGAGAACUUGGACAACCAAAAGGAAAUGCGAUGUUUGUUCCUUCAGAAAAACCUGGUUGAUAAGAUACAGAACCUUGACCCAAUGCCCAAACUUGACCAAUUAAACGUUGCUAAUAACUUGAUACGAAAGAUAGAAAAUCUGGAAUGUGUACCAGACUUGUCCACCCUCAACAUUUCCUACAACAAAUUACAAACAGCAGAUGACGUGAGACAUUUGGUCAAAUGUAAAAAACUCAGCUGUCUGGAUUUAUCCCAUAAUAAGAUAGAGGAUCCUGAGAUAGUCGACAUUUUGGAAGAGAUGGAAAACCUGAGGGUAUUAAAUCUGAUGGGGAAUCCUGUGAUUAAGAAGAUACCCAACUACAGGAAAACGCUGACUGUGCGAAUUAAAAACCUUCAGUACUUGGAUGAUCGGCCCGUGUUUGAUAAAGAUAAAGCAUGCGCACUUGCCUGGGCACGAGGAGGAAUUGAAGAGGAGCGUGAAGAGAGGAAGAGGUGGCAGGAGAAAGAACGCAAGAAGAUACAGGAUAGCGUUGAUGCUAUGUUGAAAAUCAGAAACAAUGCUGAAGCCAAGCGGCAGGAGGAAAAAAUGAAGCAGUCUGCCGAGCAGGCGGGUCUACCCACCGAGAACAUCCAUGUUGACCCUGAGGACGUGGAUUGGUUAUAUGGAUCAAAAUCAGAGGCAGAAAAAGCUAAUAAAGAAGAAGAGGAUGAAGAAGAAGAAUCAGGAACAAGGUUAACGAUAGGAGAUACUGAAGACUUGCCAAUGAUACGACCUCAGGCACAGCAGCAGAACGAUGGCAUAUUCUCCUCAUCUCAUCCAGUCCGAGGCGGCGGGGGACCGUCUAAGAUGAUUUCAGAAAUUGUCACAGACUCUGAAAAAGAUGUUGCAGUGGGAAAGAAAGUUUUAAUCACAGAAAUGGAGGAGGAGGAGAAUAUCGAGACAAUUAACAUCAAGAGGACCCCGAGAAAUGACCUGGAUGAUUUACCCGACCUUGAAGAUGUGGAUGUCAGUGCCCAGGCCCCUAAACCACAAGAACCUAUUCAAGCAUUCCGACCAAAGAUUGAGGUUCUUGACAGUGAGGAUGAUGAGGAAGAGGCUGGCGUAAAAAAUGACACAAAAUCAAAAGUUCUGAUAUCAGAGGUUCCGAUGACAGGACAGGCCCAAGGUCCGAGUCAGGAGGACCUCAGUGCAGCAUUGGGGAACUACUCUGGUCCACCCAUGGAUGAUAUCCAUGGGUCGUCCUCAUAUGAAACAAAACAGACUAAAACUUUCUUGGAUGAUGCUGCGACGAUUUCAAGUUCUAAAAUUAAGGCUGGAGCCAUUGGUGGAGAAGAGGAUUUGGAGGAAAGGAGUCAUCUGACUGUUGAAGAAAAAGUUUGGAAAUUGGCAGAAAAUGUUGGGUCAACAGCUGGGAGGGAUGAAUUAGAGGAAUUAGACUGAAGGAUCUAAGGUGGAUUAGAGAUCUAAUUUGAAUGAGAACUGUCUGUAACUGAUGUCCUUUGGUCUGACAGAAGUUGGCCUCAUUGUAAUGGAAUUCAUAUGGGUAUUUCAUGUUUGAGACUUGUGUCUUCAGAGCGAUUGAUAGCCUAUGACUCCAUGAGUUGGUCAUGUUGAAACAGCAAAUGUACAUGUGAUGAUUAUUCCGUCCAUGAUGUAAGCAUACAUUUAGGUACUUAUGAUAGAGAACAUGACAAAAGCAAGUCUGACUUGGUUAGCGAUUCUCAUCACCAUGAUGUUUGUCCUAUUUCAGUAGCCAGAGAUUCAAACCGUCCAUUUCUGUUCUAAAUCUGCUGCCUGUCAUAUUGAGAUUAAUUUGUUUAUUGAAGUUGAUAUCUGAGAUAUUUUUUCUCAGUGAAAGAUUUAUAGGCCAUUGUUCAUACGUCUAUAACUUGAGUUCAAAUCAUCAUCAUUACUUUUAUUUAUUUAUUCAUGAGUGCAUAUUGAUUUUCGUCAAUAAAGUUACAGUUUUAUAAGAUGUA